AUGGAGCCAGAGACUGCAAAAGUCAUGGAACGAUUGGCGGCAAUUGGAACCAAAAUGGUGUUCUUUAAGCAGAAUGUGAUGGUCAGAGUUACCAAGCGUGGGAUCAUCUUCAGGUCCAAAAACUCUGGCAAGCAUUGGAAGGUGCUGGAUACCAAAUGGUUCGAAACCAAGCGCGGGUUUUGGGGCUCCAUUGUGGAUGACUUUGCCAAGGGCACAAAACUCGGUCAUGUGGAAAAAGCCAUCAUUAAGGCUUCGAUGGCCAUUCUGCCAGGAAAAGAUGCAACCGCUAAUCGUGCUGCAAACUUCCGGAAGAAAGUGUACAGCAUCUUCCGCAAGCAGGCCGGGAUUAGAGAUUCGGCUCCGCUGCCCAGCAAGGUCGUCCAUGCGGUGAAAUGGAUUGUGCCCAGCGCGGGUGCCACCCCGUCCAAAAACUCUGGCAAGCAUUGGAAGGUGCUGGAUACCAAAUGGUUCGAAACCAAGCGCGGGUUUUGGGGCUCCAUUGUGGAUGACUUUGCCAAGGGCACAAAACUCGGUCAUGUGGAAAAGGCCAUCAUUAAGGCUUCAAUGGCCAUUCUGCCAAGAAAAGAUGCAACCGCUGAUCGUGCUGCAAACUUCCGGAAGAAAGUGUACAGCAUCUUCCGCAAGCAGGCCGGGAUUAGAGAUUUGGCUACGCUGCCCAGCAAGGUCGUCCAUGCGGUGAAAUGGACUGUGCCCAGCGCGGGUGCCACCCCGUGCCUGAUCUUGAGCAGCACCUUCGACAAUGAGGACUAG